AUGGACUCUGGCCAGGCUGCCUCACAGCCCUCGGCUGCAGCCACAACCACGAGCUCUUCCUCCAUAGGACAGGAUGAAUCGGCCGUCAUGAACUCCAUGUAUCAAGUCGACUGGGUGCAAAAACUGCUCAUGCAGAUCAAAGAGUGCCUACGACAGAAUAGUGAUUGGCUUGGGAUCGACCCUUCCAAGCCCCAGACGAUCCUUGAUUACGCAUGCGGCAACGGCACUGUGUCUCUCGGACUACUGGACAGUUUUCCACUUGCAAAGUUCCGAGGAAUAGAUAUUCUAGACUCCCAAGUGCAACUAUACAAUGAGGAGGCGUCUAAGGUCCUGGGCCCCGACCAUCGCAGUCGUAUGUACGCCAUACCGGGUGACCUGAACGACCCCGAGAAAACCCCGGUGCUAAGCCAGCCCGAGUGGUUUACUUUCGACUGCGCUAUCAUGAGCUUCGGACUGCAUCACGUCGACGAUCCGAUCGAUUUCCUCAGACUGCUCGGAGCUCGGGUGAAGCCCGGUGCCACCCUUGUCAUAGUAGACUGGGUCAGAGAUACGAAGGCGAACCCUCCGCGUGUAUAUGACCAGGCCAGGGAGCGAAAGUACAAUCCAAGUAACAUGCUCCCUGUACCCAUGGGCAAGGUCUGGCCAGGCUUCUCGGAAGAUGAUAUUCGAGAGGACUACACUCUCGCUGGGUUCACAGCCGUAGAAGUGCGAAUAUGGCCCGAAAAGAUCGAUCUGCCCCAGCAGGCAAACUUCGGGGGCCGCAGCAUUCUAUAUGUCUCCAAGGCCACUGUUCCAUUGCCACCAUGA